GCGGGACAGCGCUGAGGAAGGAGCCGCCAACCGGGGUCUGACCGGAGCUGAGCGGCGGCGGCGGCGGCGGUGAGGAGGAGGAGGAGGAGGAGGAGGAGGAAGGAGAGAAGCGGAGGACUGGCAGCGGCAGCUCUCUAUGGCCGCGGUGUCGGGCCGCGCGGGCAGCAGCGAGUCCGAGUCGGAGUCGGAGCCCGGCGAAGGCCGCGAGGACGUGAGCGAACUCGAGGCGCACUUCGAGCUCGCGGCGCGGCACGUGAAGCGGCUCGUGCCCACGGCGCCGCGUGACAGCCUCCUCCACCUGUACAGCCGCUACAAACAGGCUAAGUUUGGACAAUGUAACGUUCCUAAACCCGGGUUCUUUGACUUUGAAGGUAGACAAAAAUGGGAAGCUUGGAAGGAGAUGGGUGACAUAUCAGGACGACAGGCUAUGCAGGAAUAUAUUACCGCUGUGAAGGAACUGGAUCCAGAGUGGAAUCCUAAGGCUUCAGUGAAAGAUUCUGAUCUCAAUAUACGAUUUGGAGGACCUGUCGUCAGCUGCCUUUAUCAGGAGGAGAUGAUCAGAGAAGAAGAGAAAACUAUAUUUGACCAUUGUAGAGAGAACAACAUUGACCAUGUUUCGAAAGCCCUCAUUUCCAAGAAUGUGGACGUUAACCUGAAGGACGAGGAGGGUAGGGCACUGCUGCACUGGGCAUGCGACCGGGGACACAAAGAUCAGGUCUCUAUGCUGCUUCAACAGAAAGCUGAAAUCAACAGUCAGGAUGAUGAAGGACAGACACCAUUACACUAUGCAUCAGCUUGCGAGUUUACUGAGAUUGUGGAGCUGCUGUUGGAUGCUGGCGCAGAUCCCACCAUCCAGGACGGAGAAGGUUGUCUGCCUGAAGAAGUUACAGAUUGCAAGGACAUCUCCCAGAUGUUACGCCAGCACACCACCUCGAAAGGCUAAACCCAGGACUGGUGCAAGACUCCAAGUGACCGGCAACAAGAAAACACCUGUAUUGAACUGUAUCACAUACUUCCUGUUGCAUUUUACUGUACAAUCAUUAAACCAUUCUUCGGGCUAA